UGAUCGCUUACCAUCAGGAGGUAAAUCAACUUUGACCUUGUGGAUGGGGUCACUGUGGUUAAGGAAUAUAUUUGGUUAUCGCUUGAGUGAAUCAGAAUUGCAAAAUGUCCCCUAUCCAAAGACAGAAUUACUUCUGCACGUUGGUCUUAGAACCACUCAGGUUUCAUGUUUAUUUGGAGCCGUGGUAUGCGCUCCAGUAGCAACUAUCCUAUCAACCCCUAGAACCUUCAGACGUUUCACCUUAAGAUUCGCCAAGUAUGCUACCUAUGCUGUUCUGCCAGGAGUUGCUCUUGGUCCAGUAUUAAUGUAUAUACGACUACACGAUCAGCCAGACGAGGCAAUUUACGACAGGUGUUAUCGCCUAAGAUGUAACAAGCAUCAGGCUGUGUUUAUUUUCAGUUAGAUAAAAAUCGUCAGUCUCUGAAUUUACUUUUGUGUCCCAAGUGAAGAUUGGUAGUACUGUUCGUGGUCGUUACAAUGGUAUUUAGUCAGUUUGCAUUUGGGAAGCUUCUGCUUGCUGGUACCUGCGUUUUUUGCAUCUUUCGGUUUAGAUAAGAUACAGGACUGUACUAGGAUUUGGGAGAAACAUCAGAUGUACGUAGUCCCCGAUUUUUUCUCUACUCUUGUGUUCUCUAUGGAAUGUGUCAAUUAACUUGGGCAAGGACAUUUUAACGAUCGGGGUUAUUCACAGAAGUCCUGCUAGUCAAGCUGAUAACUUCGUUCUAAAUCACUUGAGGGCGUGAAGUAUUAGAAAUUGGCUUCUGGUUGUUGGUGACUUAAACGCUCCACAUGUUAAUUGGAGGGGGCGGUGUUAAGCUCCACUAGUUUGUAUACCAAUAGGGAGCUCAAACUGACAGUGUUUGAAUGUGCAAUCGUGCUACAUAUGCAUACACCAACACGGUAUCACCAUGAACCUGAUCCUUCUACUCUAGACUUGGUAUUAACAUACCAGAAGAAAGACGGUAAUAUCAUGUGCCUUCCACUGCUUGGCAGCAGUGACCACGUAGUCAUUACUUUUACGUUUAAGACUCAUUCUGCCAUACAUGCAUUUGGAAAGCGGAUAUAACGGGAAUCCGGAACGCAGCAACUGUAGCUUACUGGUCAGUUGAUACAAAUCGGAAUGUCGAGGAAGUUUGGGUGAGAUUUAGGAAUACACUAGAUUGUGUUAGUUCACCUUUUGUACCUUGGUACACUCCUCAAAAGCUCUCGCAUAAGCCACCUUGGAUUACUAGUGAAAUAAGGAGACUACUAAGACGGAGGAAGAACUUAUAAGACCAAUUUAUUAUGACAGAAAGGGAAAAUUUCUAGGACUACCGCAAAAUUCGAAAUCUCUGUAAGUAUGUGAUUGAUAAGAGUCGUAUGGUGUACGAGAGACGGUUGGUACUAGAUUGUGUUCAUUAUCCGAAAAGGCUGUACUCGUAUAUUA